AACAUUCAAGGAGCAUCCUAGUUUGAAGUGACUUUCUAUAGUCGUCCGUAAUGUCUACCAAAUCUGGGAUUGCCGGUUCUUGGCAUGUCCUAUGCGUUCUACCAUGAUGUGAUUCGUCGAGGCCACUAUAUGUGGGAGAUUGAAGAAAUGCAUAGGCAGUACGGUCCAAUAGUCAGAAUAUCGCCGGACACAGUACAUGUCAAUGAUCCUGAAUUUAUUGAUCAAAUAUUUGCCGGUCCUGGAAAGAAACCUCUAAACCCAUUCUUCUCUAAGCAGAAUAUCCGGCGCCUUGAGACAACAGUUCUCGAGGUCCUCGAUCGGAUCAUCCAGCGACUAGAUGAGCACGUUAUUAAAAAGGUUCCUGUCAACUUGAGUCUUCUGUACCGUGCUACCACCCACGAUAUCAUUGCCAAGUACGCGUUUGGAGAGGAUUCAGUCUGUUUUAACAGACAAGAUCUUAAUAAGCCGUAUUUUGAAUCCUAUCAUAAAAUGGCAUCCAUAGUUAAGAUCAAUAAGAUCAAAUCUUCCACGAUACACAAUGAAGAAAACGAUCUUCCGGAAUCUGAGAAAAGCCCAGCUAGACUAGCAGAAGAGGCACAGAAUCUACUCGCCGCAGGAACUGACAGCACGGCUAACACUCUAAGUGCUAUUACCUACCAUCUCCUUUCAAAUCCGCAUAUAUUAAAAAAACUCAGGGCCGAGCUCCAGGAUGCUAUUCCUGAAGGCACCGUUCCCAAGAUUUCUAAAAUUGAGAACCUGCCGUAUCUCAGUGCCGUCAUCCAAGAAGGACUCCGUUUGCGCCCCGCAGUCUCGACUCGCCAAGAGCGCGUUUCACCCGAUGAAGAUCUGAUAUAUACGAACGGCAAGACUAAGAUGUCAUACAGGAUUCCAGCCGGCACUUGCAUGGCGACGAGCGCAGUGCUUCCUUCCCGACUUCCUGAGAUCUACCCCUCCCCAGAAGAGUUCCGGCCUGAGCGCUUUCUGGAGAAUGCAACCCUCAAGAGGCACCAGUUAACGUUCUCGUGCGGUACUAGAGUCUGCCUGGGAAUCAACCUAGCGUACCAAGAAAUGUACAUGAUUCUCGCUACCUUAUUUAGGAGAUGUGACCCGUGGGACGGGACCGGAGACCAGACGUCAAUGACAUUGGAGCUCUUUGAGACGACACACGACGAUAUUGCGAUUGUGAGGGAUCUCGUUACCGAGAAUAUAAAGGAUGAUAGCCAGGGUGUGAGAGUUACGAUGAGAGACCCUUCGAUUUCACAGGUGGAUGAAUAA